CUAACGCCCCCUCCCCCCCCAGCGUGGGUUUCCGGCUGAUGUGGGAGCCUGAGGGCGGCGCCGCCUUCGACUGGGCGCAAGGCGACAUCCUCUUCAGCCUCCACCUCCGCCGCUUCCAUCCCGACAACGAUAGGGAGGUCGUGAUGAACGACAAGUACGACGGGAGGUGGACGCCCGACGCCACCUUCGUGUCCGCGGAGCGCUGGCCCGACGUCAAGCCCGGCCAGAAGUUCAAGGUCAUUGUGAUGAAG